AUAAAUACUAUACAUGAUAUGGAGAACAAUGUUUAUGUGUAAAAUUUUCGGUAACGAUGAUAUCGACAGUAUCGAUAAAGAGUAAUACUCGAAAUAUCAAUGGACUUUUUUCCUGAUGGUUGUCGUCACUGGACCCAAUUGCUUUCUAAGUUUGGCAUCUCUGCGAAAAAGGCAUGCUUGCUGUCUUGAAACGGCAAUAAAAUGAAAUAAAACGGAAUUUGCAAGGAGAUUUUAACUGUGCAGCGUUUAGGUAGUAAUUUAUGUCCAAAAUUAAUCAAAUAACACGCUAUCUGUUGUCGUCGUCACUAUGAUUAAUAUUAUUUCUACAGACCGAACUUGAACGGCAGCCUUAUUUUUAAUGUUGAAUUUUGGAUGAGAAAUACUUUUCUUUUACGAUUGCUCUAGUGGUUCGUCAGACAAGGUAUUUGCCUGCUACGUCACAUGUUGUGCAAAUUGCUUGAAAGUAGUACAGCAGGAUUCAAAAACUACGUGGUGUUAAAAUUAUUUGGUGCACCUAACCUCACUUUCUCUCUUAUACCAGAAAAAGAAUAUGUCACUUUAAUCAUUAUAAAGCAGUUACGUUAGCAGUUAACCCAGUCGGUUUAAUUUGCUCAAUAACAUCUAUAUCUGCUGCGUGCGAAGAGAGGGAUGCCACGCAGCAAGCGUAGAGCGCCCUCUAGCACAAAUCACCAUCACACAUCAAUUGAUAUGUCACCUAGUGCCCAUGAAGAGGGUUUACCAAGACAUCCAUCAAAACGAUUGCGCCAUACGUCUGGAGCAAGGCGGUACACAAAAACAGAAGAUGUCUCCAGCGCAUCAUCAUUUUCUCAGAAACGAUGUAUAACUUGGUUUAGAGAAUAUACAACACCAGAUGAUUCAGAUACUCUUGGCCCUGAAGGAAUGGAGAAGUUCUGUGAAGACAUUGGAGUUGAACCAGAAAAUGUAGUGAUGCUAGUUCUCGCCUAUAAAAUGAAUGCUCGUCAAAUGGGGUUUUUCACUUUGAGCGAAUGGUUAAAAGGUCUUUCGGAAUUACAAUGUGAUUCCAUAUAUAAAAUACAACAAAAGCUUGAGUACCUCAGGAACCAAUUAAAUGAUCCUCACGUUUUUAAAGGAAUUUAUAGAUAUGCCUAUGAUUUUGCUAGGGAUAAAGAUCAACGUAGUAUGGAUAUGGAAACUGCUAGAGUAAUGCUACAGUUACUUUUGGGAAAGCAUUGGCCUUUGUUUACACAGUUCGCUCAGUUCCUAGAUCAAUCUAAGUACAAAGUAAUCAACAAAGAUCAAUGGUGUAACAUUUUAGAAUUUUCUCGUACAAUCAAUCAUGACUUAUCUAAUUAUGAUUUAGAUGGAGCGUGGCCUGUAAUGCUUGAUGAAUUUGUUGAAUGGUUAAAAAUGCAGAGAGGUGAGGAUGCAUCAUCGACAGAAGCAAGGGGGCCUGUAAUGCUUGAUGAAUUUGUUGAAUGGUUAAAAAUGCAGAGAGGUGAGGAUGCAUCAUCGACAGAAGCAAGGGGUAGCUGAAACAUUCUAUUAAAAUAGUCCACUAAAGUAAACAACUCAUCUCCGUCACGAUAUUUGUUAAUAAUGAAAUUUUCGUUAAGUUAUAACUCACGGCAUUUUAAUUACCAUCAUUCGUGGUGUACUAUUUUUUUAUUAAACAAUAUUAGUGCAUUGUAAGUAGCUCAUUCUAUAAUUUUCUUUUGCAAGAGAUCUUAUGAAGACUGUUUAACAAAUCUUCAUAGAUUUAUUUCGAUUGCUUACCGUCAUUCGCAGUUUAUCGAGAGUUCAUAGCAGAAAUUUUUGCGCUUCAAAAUAAAAUUAUUUUAAUAUAAAAAUUAUUUGUGCAAUUCAUAAGGAAUAAUCGAACAUAUUAAUAAUCUAAAAAGCAACACUAAUUGGCUGUUUCAGCUUUGACUUAAUAUCAUUGUAAAUAUUUUAUUUCCUGAAUAUAAUAUGUGCAACUGCAUGAAUUCAUAUAAACAAAUAAGUAGAAGUAAUUUGUCUAUACAUUUUUAAUAUUUCUGUCUAUAAAUAUAGAAUCCAUACCAAUAUUUUAUUUUAUAAAUUAUGCAGCUAAACCUAUACAUUAUCCGCAACAGUUUUUGAAUUUAAAUAUGUAUAAUACAGUUAGGCACAUUUAAUAAAUGUAUUAACAUUAUUAAGUAGGUUCAGAAAUCAAUUAAGAAAUUUUGCCCGAUACUAGUGCGAUUACAGCAAUUAGUAUUCAAAAGGCAGUACCACAAAGUGUCAAUACAAUGUGCUAUUAACUAAGUAGUUCCUGCGGAUGCUACCUAUAUAAAUGUAAAUUAGUAUAAUGAGCUCUUAUUAAAAUAUCAUAUUUAUUAAAGGCAAUUGAAUUCCGA